AUGAAUAUAAACACCGUUUUUUAUUAUACAUUAGCCAUUUCUUAUGCUGUAACAGAUUAUCCACUAGAAGUUAUGAAAGUGACUGAAAGUUUAGAUAAAAUCAGUAAUCUUAAUGAUAAAGUUAUUCAUAAUGUUGACAGGAUACAUAAUCCAGAAAAAUGUUCUUUAUCAUCUACUUCAUCUCAAAUAAAACUCAAUGUUACUGUAGAAAAGUCCAUGUUUCAGUCAGCUUUAGGUGGAAUUGUAUCAUGCAUUGGAGGUGCAGUUGGCACAGGGAAUAUUUGGCGAUUUCCUCGUGUUUUAGCAUCUAACAGUUAUUCUGGUGGUGCAUUAACCUUCUAUUUAAUAUGGAUAACAAUUUUAUUCCUUUGGUCUAUACCAAUUUUGAUUGUGGAAUAUUCACUUGGCAGAUUUACAAGAAAUUCUGUUCCAAUAGCAUUUUGUAAAUUUUUCGGACCAAAAUUCUUUUGGUUAGGAGGAUGGAUGGUUUCUGUUGUUUUCCUUCUGAGCUGUUAUUAUCCUGUAGUACUUGGAUGGUGUAUCUAUUAUUUUUAUAUGUCUUGCUCACAUUCUUCGUUACCAGAAACAGAAGAAGCUGGUCUAUUAAUUUUCAGCAAUUUUGCAGAGCAUUCCUAUUGGCCAAUAUUCACUCAAAUUCUGGCAGUUUGUCUAACUGGCAUUUGUUUGGCUGGUGGAGUUAAAUGGAUUGAAAAAGCCAAUAUUAUUCUGGUCCCAUUACUACUCAUCAUUAUAUUAUUUAUGUUUGGUUGGUCACUUACUAGACAGUAUGCUGAAAUUGGUAUAGCGUUUCUCUUCACACCAUCAUGGAGUAGUAUUACAAGUCCUAGUUUAUGGAUUGCAGCUGCUGGUCAAAAUGCUUUUGAUACUGGUUCUGGAAUGGCUAUAAUGGCUACUUAUUCUACAUUUAUGUCAAGAGAUUCAAGAAUCGUAUCCUACAGUUUCCUUAUUCCUAUAAUUAACAACCUUGUCAGCCUAUAUGCAUCUAUAACCCUAUUCUCUACUGUAUUUUCAACAAUAAUACAAACAAAUCCUACAACUACUCGUUCAGCGAUUGUGAGAAUCAUGAAAACUGCUGGCCCUGGAAGUACAGGACUUACAUUCACAUGGAUUCCUGUAUUAUUCUCUAAAUUCGGUGUUUUGGGAAGAAUUUUAUGUGCCUUAUUCUUCUUGUGUCUUGUAUUUGCUGGACUAAGUUCUUUACUGUCCAUAACUCAAGUUGGCGUACUUGCUAUGAAAGAAUUGAAUGUUCCUCAUCGGUUAGCUGUUGCAAUUGCUUUGAUUGCUUCAGCACUCAUUGGUCUGCCGUCAGCAAUUUAUCUUGAUUUUCUUACAAAUCAGGAUAACACAUGGGGCUAUGGACUUGUUAUAUCUGGGUUCUUAUUCUGCCUACUAGUUAUCAUCUAUGGACCAAAUCGUUAUCGACACGUCCUGAUUAAUGACUUUGGUAUAAAUGACUGUAAUGUAUCAAUAUUCUGGGUUCCUUUGAUUGCAUUUUUAGUGCCUUUACAAUCGCUUGCAAUGUUAGUCUGGUGGAUAUAUGAAUGCAUCACUACAGAUCCUAAAUGGUUCCACUUAACCUGGAACUCUUUGGCAACAACAUUGUUAGAAUGGUUCAGUGUAUUGCUUAUUCUCUGGAUAUUGAAUUGGUUACUUUGUUGGACAAAUAUACUCAGUCAAGCAAUAAAACAUGCCGGUGGUUGUCAUCCAUACAAUCCAACAUCUUAUGAAAAAAACAAUGAAAUGCAAAAAGAUGAUGCUAGUAUAAACGAAUAUGAUUCGACUGACAUUAUAAUUUGUACACGAUUAUAAUUUAAGAAUAUAGCAAGGAGAAACAGAGACCUAGUGUAAUUAAUUGAAUAGUUCAAGAUAUUCGUCACUUUCAGUGUCUUCAAAGUCAACUUCUCAUUGUUUGAAAAUAUUUUCAUGAAGGUAUAUACUUGAAUAUGUGAAUAUGAUAACAAAUAGUCUAUUCCGAAUACUCUUUUUUUCAUUUACUUACCCUAUUUUUACUCUACAACAUUAUGUUAACAUCAAACUUAUUUACCUUCAUUAACGCCCACAGUUGGACAGCGAUUUCUUGUAAUAAAAUCACAAAUAAAAAUCAUUGAAUACCGUUCUUCAAAGAGGAUGGAUAUCAUCUUUUUACAGAUUGUGUACCUUAAAUUGAACAAUACUAAUUACAUAAUGAUUUAUCAUGUAAAUUUAUAUUACAGCCAGAUAUUUACU